CAUCCGCGGCGCGCGCAGGCCAGAAGCAAGGAGGCGAGACAGAAAUGGCGGCGACGGCGGGGGAAGCAGCGUGAUAUGCUGGAGCAAUAAAACAACCUAAAAAUACAACUGUCAGUAACAUUGUCGAGAAAAUGAAAAAGAUGUCGAAUUAGGCCGUCUUUUGUAAUAAUUAUUACAAAAAAACUAACAUCUUCCCCGGAGAACGUCCAUCUUCUGAUUGGAAAAGACAAUCUCACCGGGAGCAUGGCUUCUCACAGUAACGUUAACCAGGUAACGUUAGAACUCUUCACGCUGCUGAUACGUCUAGGAUUUUUUUUACUGUUUCACGUUUUGACACAAGAUUAAUGAAAAAGUAGUCAAAUAAUAUAUUAAAUUUCUAGAUGUGUUCCUUGCCCGAAAUAUAGUGGUGACUUGUGUCAUUGAAAAGUGUGAUGAAAUUGCUUGCUAAUGCUUCCCUAAGCACGAAAAGCCUAUUUCCCCAUUGAAACACCAGCAUGGUACAGGCCCGAGGAGCCUCCAUUCAAAUUAGCCAACAGUACUCGAAGCAGGGUUAGAUUAAAAUAUAAACAUGGGCAAAAUCGUAUGUGCACGUGUUGUGUGGAGAAAAUAACACAUUCAAAAGACCCCAACAGGUGUCAUUUUCCUUUGACAAUUUGUAGUUGUUGUUGAAGAUUGCUGCGUGUAUGUGCAUGGCCCACCUGCUCUGGCUGAUGCGACAGGCCUGCUUAUCCCAGUGUAGAUUUUCAUAACUGGUUAUGUUAGCUAAAUUGCUAGUUUAGCAUUUAGAUAUGAGUGAUUUGUUAAAAGUGCCGACGAGUUAUAAGCAAAGAAUGAAUACAAAUGAUAUAUGGUCAAACGUGAACUUUAAUUGAUUUGUCUAGCCAGCUAGCUACCUAGCUUUAUUUAGCUAGCCAAAUUGAUUUGUCUAGCCAGCUAGCUACCUAGCUUAAUUUAGCUAGCUUGCCAGAGUUCGUGCGGACGCAGGUUGUGUGGCUAAUGACAUAGCUACAAUGGGGUUGUCUGAUCAGAGGCAGUUUUGCUAGAUAUCCGAAUCUGAACCAGUGAGGAUUCUGCAAACGGUUCGGAGCUUGCGCAUUGUACACUCUGUUUCUGCUGUCCCUUUUAGAGCACGUAGCUAGUUGUGCUUCUUUCAAGGGAAGCUGACUCAUGUGGACAGACCUCCAUGAUGUGUUUAGCUGUAAUGACUUGUCACGGCCUGAAGUCGUAACUACUAGCUAGGUAGCUAGCUAACUAUCCUACAUUGUAGUCGAACUUUAGAAAAGUAGCUAACUAGCUAUAUCUUCUGCCCAGGUAUAACAUUAGCCAACUAGCUAGAUGUGGUUGUAUACAGCCAUGUACGUUAGCUAGCUUGCCUGCUGGGGACCAGACUGGUGUAUUUCUAAAUUCAAAUUUGUAUGAAACUUCUGUAUUUAAAAUGAUGUCAAAUUUGAACCUACUCUACCGGUUGUCUGCGUGACCGGUCCUUGUGGGCAGCAAUAAGACAAUAUUCUCAAUAAAUUAUUAUUAAACCAACUAUUCAAAGUGCUGGUAGUGUGUUUAGAUUACUCACAUGAAGCAUGAGCACACAAUGCAUUACAUUUACAUUUUAGUCAUUUAGCAGACGCUCUUAUCCAGAGCGACUUACAGUUAGUGAAUACAUAUUUUUAUAAAUUUUAUUUUUUUCAUACUGGUCCCCCGUGGGAAUCGAACCCACAACCCUGGCGUUGCAAACGCCAUGCUCUAUCAACUGGGCUACAUCCCUGCCGGCCAUUCCCUCCCCUACCCUGGACAACGCUAGGCCAAUUGUGCGCUGCCCAUGAGUCUCCCGGUCGCGGCCGGCUGCGACAGAGCCUGGAUUCGAACCAGGAUCUCUAGUGGCACAGCUAGCACUGCAAUGCAGUGCCUUAGACCACUGCGCCACUCAGGAGACUACAAAUACAUGCACGCAACGCAUGCAUACUUGCCAAGCUCGUGCACGUGUUUACAUGGUUUUGCUCAUGCUUCAGGUGAUAGAAAUCUGGAUACACUACCAGCACUUUGAAAAGUUGGUUUAAUAAUACUUCCCUGUGGAUAUAUUGUUUCAUUCCUGCCCAUAUAAGGACCAGCCACGCAGACAACUGGUUAAAUAGGUUCAAAUUAAAUUUGAUUAAACAUUCCGGCUUGUAGAGGAUCUAGGAGGACCUUUUUCCUGAAUUGAACACUGAGAUGUUCCAGGUUGGUGGAUCUAGAAAUUCACCUGUCUGGUCCCCAGGCAAGUAGCUAGCUAGUAGUGCUGAGCGAUUAACAGAAAUAUCUGUUAUUUUUCGUUUUUUAAACAACUAAUUGACCGACUUGGAAUGAAAGUCAUUAAUAUAUGUGGGCAAUAUAUGUAGUCCCCUGUAGCUCAGUUGGUAGAGCAUGGCACUUGCAACGCCAGGAUUGUGGGUUCGUUUCCCACGGGGGGGGGGCAGUAUGAAAAUGUAUGCACUCACUAACUGUAAGUCGCUCUGGAUAAGAGCGUCUGCUAAAUGACUAAUAUAUAUAUAUAUAUAUAUAUUUUUUUUAAUGUAAAGUAAUGUGAGUAAAUGAUGGUUGAUAAGUAGUAAUAGACAGUCACUACCAUAUUUAUUUUACUUUUAUUAAUUGUUUUAUUGUGUUACAGCAUUGAACCAGCAUGACUACCACAUCUCUGUACCCCAUGCAAUUAUCUGUAAGGGCCCCUAGUCGAGCAGUGAAUUUAAACCACAAAUUAAUAAUAUAAUAUAAUAUAUAUUAUAUUAUUAUUAUAUUAUUAUAUAUAUUAUAUUAUAAGACCAGGGAGGUUUUCCAAUGCCUCGCAAAGAAAGGCACCUAUUGGUAGAUGGGUAAAAAAGUUGACAUUUAAUAUCCCUCAGGGAUGACUUUAAAACAGAGUUUAAUGGCUGUGAUGGGAGAAAAUUGAGGAUGGAUCAACAACAUUGUAGUUACUCCACAAUACUAACCUAAUUGACAAAGUGAAAACAAGGAAGCCUGUAACAGAAUAAAACAUUUCCAAAAUGUGCAUCCUGUUUGCAACAAGGCACUAAAGUAAUACUGCAAAAAAUGUGGCAAAUCAAAUCACUUUUUUUCCUGAAUACAAAGUGUUAUGUUUGGGGCAAAUCCAAUACAGCACUUUACUGAGUACCACUCUCCAUAUUUUCAAGCAUAGUGGUGGCUGCAUCAUGUUAUGGGUAUGCUUGUAAUUGUUAAGGGCUGGGGAGUUUUUCAGGAUAAAAAAAACGGAAUGGCACAGGCAAUAUCCUAGAGGAAAACCUUGUUCAGUCUGCUUUCCACCAGACACUGGGAGAUUAAUUCACCUUUCAGCAGGACAAUAACCUAAAACACAAGGCCAAAUCUACACUGGAGUUGCUUACCAAGAAGACAGUGAAUGUUCCUGAGUGGCUGAGUUAGUUUUGACUUAUAUUGGCUUGAAAAUCUAUGGCAAGACCAGAAAAUGGUUGUCUUGCAAUGCUCAACAACCAAUUGACAGAGCUUGAAGAAUUUUGAAAAUAAUAAUGGGUAAAUGUUGCACAAUCCAGGUGUGGAAAGUUCUUAGAUUUACCCAGAAAGACUUGCAGCUGUCAUUGCUGCCGAAGGGGAUUCUAACACCGGGGUCUCCGACCCUGUUCCUGGAGAGCUACCUUCCAGUAGGUUUUCUCUCCAACCCCAGUUGUAACUAACCUGAUUCAUUUUAUCAACCAGCUAAUUAUUAGAAUAAGGUGUGCUAGAUUUGGGUUGGAGUGAAUUUACAGGACGGUAGCUCUCCAGGAACAGGGUUGGCGAACCCUGUUCUAACAUAUAUUAUCUCAGGGGGUUGAAUACUUAUCUAAUCAAGAUUUAUGAAAAAUAAAUCCCAAAUGUUUUAUAAAUGUUUGAAUUUUUCUUCCACUUUGACAUUAUAGUAUUUUUUCGAUCAAUUUUACUCCCACUUUGUAACACAACAAAAUGUGGAAAAAGUUAAGGGGUGUGAAUACUAGCUAACUAUUUAGUACAUUUCUUGUUGACCUGUUGGUAAUCUGUCAUUGGGUCCGUGUUUGUCCAACUACUAAUAAUCCUACUCAACCAUUUUCAACAAUUGUGGUUUAUAGUAGGGAUGCACGAUAUAUCGGUAAGCAUAUCGUAAUCGGCCGAUAUUAGCUAAAAAUGCCUGCAUCGGCUCUGUAGUUCAACGCCGAUGUGCAAAACCGAUGUCAAAGCUGACGUGCAUACCUGUAUAACGUAGGUAGAUGACGUAAUGACGCCCCGAAAAAUACAGCGCUACGCCUCAGAGAAUCCCAUCAGCUGUUGGUAGUGUUUGAAUGACAUCGCCCUGUAUUAGUGUCUCUUACGUGAAUAAAUGAUAGUGUUCUUCUCUGUCUGGCUCUGCUCAGUGUUUAGUUAAUGUUUUUUCAGUUCUUGGGCAUCACUCCCUGUGCUAGCUCAUCAUUCUCAAUUUUUCUUCAUAAGAGAAUGUAAUACUCAAGCCCCGGCCUGCAUCAGAGGUUUAUUCGAAACGUGUUUGACCUUAUUUGUAGUGUUGCAUAUUCAUGGAAUGCCAAGUUUUCUAAUAGUGACUCUUUGCAUUCCAUUUUGUGAGGCCUUGCAAAGCAGGGCUGGCUGAGUCCCUGUCCAAUAGGGAACUCUGGGUAGUAGUGAUGAGGGAGUCCCAGUCCUUGUAGGUAUAGGGGUUUGUGGAUUGUUAUUCUAUGCAUCAGGUGGAAGUUGGCAAUGUCUGGUAACUUGAAAUUCCAGUGAAACAACUAGUUUGACUGGCUCUUAUCAGCUCUGCUGCUGUUUGACGCAUUUGAUCUUAUUACACCCCCACCCCUCUAAGGGGGUCAUCAACGCCAUGUCUUCCCCAUAAAGCAACCUUUGGAUGUCUUUUUGUUAAUUGUUAAACAGAAGCUUUAUUGAAUGCCAUCUGUAAUAUAUUAUUAUAAUUCUAACAUUAGUAUACUAAGAUUAGAAAUGUGCAUGUGUUCAGUUUCUCUGGUUUAGCUCCUUUUAAUAUCGGAGACAAUAUCAUUGCUAAAAAUGUCAUAUGGACCCCUCCUUACUCUGUAAGCCCCACCCCUGCUCCUCCCUGAUCUCUAACCCCAUUCAUUAAAAGUGUGUGUGUAUGUGCGCACGCCGUCUCACUGGAACAUGUUGAGGUAAUACAGAUGGCCAUUUUGUGGUAAUCCUCAGUCCAAACUAACAGCGAGGGAAGCUUAGUGUGGUACGUGUGGCACGCCUGUAGAAAGAGGCAAAGGGACAUUCUUUCUGUUGUGAUUGUAUUAGCUGUCCUGAGGCCGUUGGAUUAUAGCAGGCUGUUUGUCGCUUGUAGUGCCAUUUCAGCAAUGUUGGGCCCUUGUUUGCAAAGAUUUACAUAUGCUUGAACUGCACUUUCUUUUCUCUGUGCCUCCCUUUUCAUGUCCCACUGUUAAAUGCGCUGGGAGGAUUCUGUGUGGUUAGCGAGCUUGUUUCACCUUUUCUUCUUUACUGCUCCAUAUCAUUAGACACCUUCCCCUCACCAUGCACCACCAUCCUUCUAUUUUUUUUAUUUGUUGCCUAAUGAAAGACUUCAAGGAUGUCUUUUCAGGAUGUAAUGUUAUGCAGAGUUGUUUUUGUAUCGACAAGUGCCCCUGCUAUUCUGUAAUGAGCCAAACCAAGAAAAGUCGCCAUGUGAUUGAAGGACCAAUUCACCCCACUGCAGGGCUGUCGGGUGUGCAGCAAGUGCAAGAGACCUUCAAUUACACAGUGCGACUGUGAUUAACUUAACCUGCCUUCCCCAUGCUGGCUAUAAUUAUCUUUACAAAGCAGUGUGUGGCUGGCUAGAGUACUCUCCCACUAUUAGUGUCUGGUCUGGAGGGGGGUUGCUUUGCCAGGUUCGUAACGACAUUUUAACGCCUUCUCUAAAAAUUCCUCUUUAGCUGAACACAAAUUGGCCUUGGUCCAGUUUGGUUUGAAACUGAUUGAUAAUGGCAGAAGGGUGUGGGGGGGGGGGGGGGGGGAGUCCUAUAUUUAUGAAUAUUUGAAACAUCAGAUGUGGUUAAUUGAAAAUUCACAAAAUGGACUGCAUGGAUCCUCAAACAAUAAGAAUGACCACCCAACUUCCAAUUAUUAAUAUGGGGAAUUUGGUUGUGUCUAGUGUGACAAGUGUUGCCAGUACUCAACUCAAUUUGCACAAUGACAUUACAGUGUGAAGCCUUGUGUAAAAGGUGCAGCUAGAAGGAGUAAUCCCUAGACAGGGCUUGACAUUAACUUUUAUUUUACACUUGACCUUUCGGAGAAGUAGGACUGAAUUAUUAUUGUUGUACUUGUCCAAAAGCACAAGUCACUUGUCCAAUAAUAGAAAAAUGGUCUGUAACACCAUUUUUACAUCAUCGUAUGAUGCAAGUGCAAAAUAAAAUGCAUUACUGUAUUUUUUACCAUAGAGAUGAGAGUUGGACAAAAAUGCUUAUUGAAGACUUUGCAUAUUCAAGACUGUCUCAAAAUAAAACACUGCCCCGUUAAGGCUCUCCUGGAGGACAUUUGGUAGCCUAUAAAAUACUGCAACAUUAAAAUGACAACCUUGUACUUUUGUAUAUGUCUACGGUUUAAAACACUCUGGGACAGUUCUGGGAUGACAGAUCCAAAAUUCAUAAAACCACUGCACAUAAAAACAUGUAAAAAGCAAUGAGGCUGAUGAAACUGAUCAGACAGUUUAGCUUAAAAUGUUGAUCAAGUUUAAUUUCUUAAUAUUAUAAGCUCAAUAUUUAAAAAAAGACAGUUUAUGGUUAAAUAGUUUCAAAAUGUAGACCCCCUCCGCUCAGAUUCAAGGUGGGUGAUGUGCGGUGCGCAACAGGCACUGUCCUUCACUCUCCGGUCUUGUGACCAUUUGAUCUGAACAAACUGCUCCUCGAGUAUGUCGACAGAAUCGAGCCUUUAGACGUUAAUAUUAAUGAUCCUUAAUUAUAUUUGUCAAACAUGACUGGUGUUUAGCCUAUGUUUAUGUAAUUAAAAGACUCAUUUAAAGUUUGGCUACAUUUUCUGGCGUCGCCUCAUGUUAGCAUCGGUUUGGACAUGAGGCUGUAGCUAAUAUGCAUAUCACAUACACUUUGACAUGAGGCUGUAGCUAAUAUGCAUAUCACAUACACUUUGACAUGAGGCUGUAGCUAAUAUGCAUAUCACAUACACUUUGAAAUGUAGGCUUUUUUAUACAGUGAGGUAAACUAUUUGAUCCCCCUGCUGAUUUUGUACGUUUGCCCACUGACAAAGAAAUGAUCAGUCUAUAAUUUUAAUGGUAGGUUUAUUUGAACAGUGAGAGACAGAAUAACAACAACAAAAUCCAGAAAAACGCAUGCAAAACAUUUUAUAAAUUGAUUUGCAUUUUAAUGAGGGAAAUAUGUAUUUGACCCCCUCUCAAUCAGAAAGAUUUCUGGUUCCCAGGUGUCUUUUAUACAGGUAACGAGCUGAGAUUAGGAGCACACUCUUAAAGGGAGUGCUCCUAAUCUCAGCUUGUUACCUGUAUAAAAGACACCUGUCCACAGAAGCAAUCAAUCAAUCAGAUUCCAAACUCUCCACCAUGGCCAAGACCAAAGAGCUCUCCAAGGAUGUCAAGGACAAGAUUGUAGACCUACACAAGGCUGGAAUGGGCUACAAGACCAUCGCCAAGCAGCUUGGUGAGAAGGUGACAACAGUUGGUGCGAUUAUUCGCAAAUGGAAGAAACACAAAAGACCUGUCAAUCUCCCUCGGCCUGGGGCUCCAUGCAAGAUCUCACCUCGUGGAGCUGCAAUGAUCAUGAGAACGGUGGAGUUCUUUGGCAUCAACUCAACUCGCCGUGUUUGGAGGAGGAGGAAUGCUGACUUUGACCCCAAGAACACCAUCCCCACCGUCAAACAUGGAGGUGGAAACAUUAUGCUUUGGGGGUGUUUUUCUGCUAAGGAGACAGGACAACUUCACUGCAUCAAAGGGACGAUGGAUGGGGCCAUGUACCGUCAAAUCUUGGGUGAGAACCUCCUUCCCUCAGCCAGGGCAUUGAAAAUGGGUCAUGGAUGGGUAUUCCAGCAUGACAAUGACCCAAAACACAUGGCCAAGGCAACAAAGAAGUGGCUCAAGAAGAAGCACAUUAAGGUCCUGGAGUGGCCUAGCCAGUCUCCAGACCUUAAUCCCAUAGAAAAUCUGUGGAGGGAGCUGAAGCUUCGAGUUGCCAAACGUCAGCCUCGAAACCUUAAUGACUUGGAAGAUCUGCAAAGAGGAGUGGGACAAAAUCCCUCCUGAGAUGUGUGCAAACCUGGUGGCCAACUACAAGAAACGUCUGACCUCUGUGAUUGCCAACAAGGGUUUUGCCACCAAGUACUGAGUCAUGUUUUGCAGAGGGGUCAAAUACUUAUUUCCCUCAUUAAAAUGCAAAUCAAUUUAUAACAUUUUUGACAUGCGUUUUUCUGUUUUUUGUUGUUGUUAUUCUGUCUCUCACUGUUCAAAUAAACCUACCAUUAAAAUUAUAGACUGAUCAUUUCUUUGUCAGUGGGCAAACGUACAAAAAUCAAGCAGGAUCAAAUACUUUUUUUCCCAUCAGUAUAUGUUACAUAUUAUUCCAAUGUUGGCCUCUGAUCCAAUUCUGAUUGGAGUAAUUGUUUGAUAUUGUGAUUUGCGCCUGAAUUGUUUUACUUGUCCAUACUGGGCAACUUAAAUCCAUAUUCAUCCUGCCAAACUAUUUUUUUACUUGUCCCCGGACAAGCGUUAAUGUCAAGCCCAGCUGGAUGAACCAAUGGGAUUUGAAGGUCACAAGUCCAGACCAGCUUACCAAGUAAUGGUACUUCCCUCACUGCCAUUAACAUUUUCCUGCCCCAGAACAUUGUGUGAACAUUUUUGAAGUUGUUACAUUGGGGACAUAAGAUUGAUAAAAUAAUGACAUUGUAGCCAAAUGUCAGCUAAGAUUUCAAAUGCUGUGUUUUACUCCACUUGUGAAGAAACUACAAAAAAUGUUACAUAUUGGCUGAAGCCAGUGAGUCAGGUCUCUUCAUUUGGCUCAGUUCUCUGUGAAGUGGGCUGCCGGGAGCCAUUUUGCCAUUCUAAUGGCUGCAUGACUCAUCACUUUUCCAUGUUGUCCCUUACUUUUACCGAAACCCAUGGCGCAAUCUGGGCAGACUGAUGAUAGGCAGGCCCUCUCCCAGGAGGCCUAGUGUUACCUCUCCAUCGGGGCUGUCACAACUGUGUCAGUUCAUUGAUAAGAGGUGUACGCCUAGUCUGUAAAAUUCUCUGUAGACAAAUGGAGGGCUAUAGCGGCCUUUUUUCAAAUUGUGUUUCUCAUGGGGUUCUUGGAUGUUUUAGCAAUAUUUCACACUUACGUUACCCACACAUGUUAAUAUUGAAUAUACCACAUUUCCAACAUUUAUCUGAGCUGAAAUAUUUUGUUAUGUAAUAGAUGUAGUGAUUAAUAUGUUGAUUCUAAUAGGUUGCACAUGAUUAUCCUCAGUAUGUUGAAUCAGAUGUGUUUUAUGUAAAUGUGUAUUUUCUCUCUCCGCAGUACAUCUUCGGGGAGUUCAGCCCUGAUGAGAUCAAUCAGUUCUUCGUGACUCCACGAUGUUAUGUUGAGGUAAGACAAAUACUUUUGAAUGAGGCUUGAAUUAGACAGUUAUUCACAUACGUUUCCUCCAGCUUAUAGCUGUUUUGACACCAUAUAGUCUAUGGUGUUAAGUGUUGGAGUGCCGGUGGCUCUUAAUGUUAACCGGGUCGAUCUUAAGAAUGGACUUUUGUAAGCUCAUUAACACCCAAACCGCUGAGUUUAUAGAUUUAGACCAGUGUGUAUAUCUACUGUCAUUGUGUCUAAAACACAGAGAAGACAAUGGUUUAUUGCUCAUGUUUGCAGUUUAGUGAGCGUGAAGAAUAUAAGCCAGCACAAAAUAACGUGUUUUUAUCACCAGGACUGUCAUCUGCCCCACUUCUCCAAAGUGCACAUCACACAGAUGUGAUGAAUUGAUAAGCAGGAAGACUGAGAACAGUCGUGGUCUAUGAGAUUAAUGCUAUAUUUGAUUGUUUACUUUAAUUAGAAAGUGUUUUUUUUAGUUGUAAUCUAAUCUCUCUGCUCUUUGACAGCUUCCCCCCUUCAAUGACAAAGUCUCCUGCGUCAGUCAGUCUUCAGGUAAGAACGUCUGUACUGGAUUGCUCUGAUUUUUAUUUAAGUUUGUCUCAUAGACCAUUCCAAACGUCAUCCGCAUGAGGCUGACCAGCGCUCUCUGGGUUGACAACACUCUUGCCCCCACAUGAUUUAAUGGUUAUGACCAAAGUCAAACAUACGUCCGUCUGUGCUAGUUGGAUCCAGACCAACCUGACUGAACUGCAUGGAAGAGAGUGACAGUCUGAAUUCAUAUUGUUUUAAGAUAAGGUUUUACUUGUAAAAAAUAUGUCCAAACAUACCUGCAGAGCAGGGAUUUUUGAGCCACCAAGUUACAAAAAGUCUGUCAACCAUACCCCUCCCCUGCUCAUAACACUUGAUUUUUACCUUGAUUUGUAUGAAUUAUUCAGGAAGUUACUGCACUCCUGCUGUGCCUUACAUUACGGAGUCUAUGAGACGGCAGGUUUGCGGUGAGUUUUGGGUCCGACACUCUGUGCUUAUUACUUGUUGCUGAAGAACUCAAACCCAGGUCUCAAAAACUGGUGGCUUUCUAAACCUUGCCCCUAUUUACUCUCAUUCUUGCCUGUCCGUACGAUCUGUGAGGCUUUGCAUGCUUAGAUGCCGUUAAAUAUCUCCUCUCUCUAUUGCAUUAAACACAUUUGCACCGCAGCAGUGCUUUAAGUUGACUUGUGAUUGAUUUGUAUACCCCCUCCCUCACUUAACUGGAUGGAUUGAGAGAACCCUCUUUUAUUGGACUUAUAAGGGCAUAGUAAUGGUCUUAUAUGGAAGCUAACAAUUACAAUAGGUAUUUUGUUUUGCAAGGGUAUUACUCUCAGUGCAUCAUUAUGACUCUCUGGAAUGAAAUCCCUUUGAUAAAAACACUAACAGAGGACACUCUAAUCCACAGAGAAGAGCGAAUCACAACCGUACUCUAACCAUACCUUACAUUCCCCCUCAGGGUUUCCGGUGGCUGGGUUGUAUGGAUGACCAGUCAUGUCUUAUAUAGCCCAGCCGUACCAUAUUCAGAGUGUUGGGAUGAUCUGAUCUGCAUUUACUAACGUUUUCUUCAUGUUCACCUUCAGCUCUUUCUCUCACUGCCUAUAAUCUUCCAAUUUGAGAUGUUAGCAACUUGUUAAAUGUAAUCGAUAUUGAACUUACGGUUCGUUGCUUGAUACUUUUAUUUGUGGAGUACUAAAGGUCAAUGUUUGUUAUUCAAUUGAGUUUGUGACAGUUAAUGAAGUUGGAAAUUGUGUUGUAUAUUUCAUGAUGCCAAAACCUGUUUUGGAGGCCAGAUAUUGGCCAAGUAGUAUUUUAUUGUGUUGUGUGAUCCUUAUGAACCUUUGUCUUCAGUGCAGAACUGUAGUGCCUUAUGUUCCCAAGCUGACUGACUUAUCCUCCUCUGCAGGCGAAGACUACCAGCGCAUUGAGUUUGGUGUGGACGAGGUGAUGGACUUGGAGCCUGUGGGAGUGAAGGAUCCUCUCUUCAAGGUGUCCAGCACUCUGAACCCCCAGGCUCCGGAGUUCAUUCUGGGCUGUCAGCCGUCUCAGAAUGUCCUGCAGACAGCCACAGCCCUCUCUCCGGCGGCAGACGUCCCAGACGGAGCACACUACAACUCCCUGGAUGGCCCGGAUGGCCCCGACGGCCCAGAUGGCCCAGACUCGGAGCCCUGCGCCAUGGACAGCAACCAGAACUGCCAGGAUGGGGACGGGGGCCCGGGCAGCUUGGGCCAGAGGGAGAGGAAGAAAAAGAAAAAGCGACCGCCAGGAUACUACAACUACCUGGAGGGCUCGGGCCCCAAUAGCGGUGGCAUGGGCAUAGACGGGCCUCCUGGAAAGGGGUUGGUGAAUGGACACGCUCUUAGCGGCCCUCACCUCGGGUCGCAGGACAUGGUUGGUAAGGCAUUGUCAGGGGGCAAACUUUCCACCUCAGCCCCUGUCACUAGGGCAGCAGCGGCGGAUGCGUCGGCUGCUGUGAAUCAGAGGACUUGUGAUAGCCCUGAUGAAUCGUCUUUGGACUUCACGAGUGGAGCUGCCUCUUUAUCAGAUGGUAAAGACGCGGCUUCCUCCUCCUCCUCCUCUUCCUCCUCCUCUCAGAGCAGUGGGGGGGCAGAGGGGGGCAGGACUGCAGAGCAGCAGCCUGAGAACAUGGCUCCAGAGAGCCCUGAACUGCUGGGCAGCGGCGGGCACAGCCCCUGCCCCACCUCCCCUCCUCCUCCCUCGGUUGCUGAGGCCAGCCCCUCUGCCACCAUUGCUACUGCUACUACUGAAGAAGAGGAGGAGACUGGGGACAGUGGGGUGGCCAAUGGGCUGGCUGAGCCCCAUGCUGGAAACAGUGCAGACGGACACAAGGAGGCCUCUGAGGCAGGGGAGCAGCCCCAGCAGCAGGCCCCAGCUCCCUCAGUGGAGCCUGCCUCGUCCCCAGACUCUGAGGCCCAGCCGGCGGUGGCAGAGCAGCCUCAGUCGCCUGCCCCUCCGGCUGCGCCCGCUGCCAACCCCCCCAAAUCCUGGGCUAGCCUCUUCCACAACUCCAAGCCUCUGCCUGGAAGCCCUCAGGCCUACGUGGAGGUAAAGAACGUGGUGGAGGUAGUGGCUCCCUUCCUGGCCGCCAUGGAGCAGCAUGAGAAGACUGGGGAGGUGAAGGAGAGCCCUGUCCAUGUAUCAGAGGAUCCCAUGGCCCCUAAACUUGCAGGUAGUGUACUCACAGAUAGCCCCACAGUGUGACAAAGAAGAGCUCACAGGUUAACCCUCAUGUCCUUUCGAGUGUGUUAGGGCUGUCUCCAACAAAACUAAAAAUCUAAGUCGUCUGUUCUUUCGACCGAACGUGUAUUUUUCCAUAUAGAUACACCCUAUGUGUUUUUAAUAAAAUUAACUAUAUAUGCAUUGAGCUUGUUUGAUGCUUUGAGCUCACUGUUUGUUUAAUAUGACACAAAUGACUCGAGGGAGCCAGAGAUCAAGAUAACCAGAAGACAAAACCUUAACCUGUCCCCACCAUCCUCCCGCUCCUACUGGCUUUCGCAGAUUCUGCCGUUAUUCUCCUGAAGUUGCCGGUAAUAGGCUUCAUGAGGAGUCGGCAACCUUUCUCAUGUGGAAUGCCAAUUUAUUUUACAAUUUAUACCGAUCUACGUGCCAGUUAUGGUUUUCAUAUGCACGUUUUCGUGUAACAGUUUCAUUUAAUUUAUAACAAGGUCUUCAUAUCUCAAAAUCAUUAUCAUGUGGUUAAUCAAAAAUCUAAAUGAAAAUGAUACAAACCUAAAAAGUAACUAUGUACAAAUAGCCUAUAAAGCCAACAAAUAAAAACAUUGCAUCCAGCAGGUAGAAAAGAUCCUGAUUUUAAAAAUAAAUAUCCUAUAAAUCACAUUGGCUAUGCAUGGCCUGUCUGCAAUGAACUUGAAACAUUGUAUCAACUAUUAACUUGGGUGGGGCCUGAAGCUCCUUGCAACAUUGUAUAAAAUAUUCUGGGCCCUCAGUUUCCCGUGCCAGUGAACUCUGGACACACCGCUGUAGGCUAUUUGCGCAAGGGAUAAGAAGUAAUCAGGUAGGCCUAUUUUGUGACGUUUCCACUGGAUCAGAGCAUGACAUUUAUCUAAAGGGAGAGAGCAUGAAAGAUUUUUCAAAUACAUUGAGGAAUUAUUGUCAUUCUCAAUGGAUAUAAAAAGACUUAGUUUGCUUGCUGUUUGAGGUGAGGAAACAUUACUUUGAGAAGCUCCACGACAAUCAGAAAUACUAUCAGAUCCCCAAAUGGGCACAUUUAUAUGCCAACAUUUGCGCGGAUGCCAGGUAACCUAUAGGCCUACUUCAAUGCGUAAACAGGUGCACAUCCUUACUCAACAUUGACAGGAGCGCUCCAAACAAAAGACUGUGACUAAAUUGACAACUCGUAAAUGAAUGAAAUUAACCAAAAUGUGUUUCUCACAAGUGUAGCAUAGGUUGUGCUACAUAAAUACAUAAAUAAUGUGUCCACUCCGACAGUGAGAACGGUAAAAGACUGGAAUAAUAAUAAUACAGUGGGGGAAAAAAGUAUUUAGUCAGCCACCAAUUGUGCAAGUUCUCCCACUUAAAAAGAUGAGAGGCCUGUAAUUUUCAUCAUAGGUACACGUCAACUAUGGCAGACAAAAUGAGAGAGAAAAAUCCAGAAAAUCACAUUGUAGGAUUUUUAAUGAAUUUAUUUGCAAAUUAUGGUGGAAAAUAAGUAUUUGGUCACCUACAAACAAGCAAGAUUUCUGGCUCUCACAGACCUGUAACUUCUUCUUUAAGAGGCUCCUCUGUCCUCCACUCGUUACCUGUAUUAAUGGCACCUGUUUGAACUUGUUAUCAGUAUAAAAGACACCUGUCCACAACCUCAAACAGUCACACUCCAAACUCCACUAUGGCCAAGACCAAAGAGCUGUCAAAGGACACCAGAAACAAAAUUGUAGACCUGCACCAGGCUGGGAAGACUGAAUCUGCAAUAGGUAAGCAGCUUGGUUUGAAGAAAUCAACUGUGGGAGCAAUUAUUAGGAAAUGGAAGACAUACAAGACCACUAAUAAUCUCCCUCGAUCUGGGGCUCCACGCAAGAUCUCACCCCGUGGGGUCAAAAUGAUCACAAGAACGGUGAGCAAAAAUCCCAGAACCACACGGGGGGACCUAGUGAAUGACCUGCAGAGAGCUGGGACCAAAGUAACAAAGCCUACCAUCAGUAACACACUACGCCGCCAGGGACUCAAAUCCAGCAGUGCCAGAUGUGUCCCCCUGCUUAAGCCAGUACAUGUCCAGGCCCGUCUGAAGUUUGCUAGAGUGCAUUUGGAUGAUCCAGAAGAGGAUUGGGAGAAUGUCAUAUGGUCAGAUGAAACCAAAAUAUAACUUUUUGGUAAAAACUCAACUGGUCGUGUUUGGAGGACAAAGAAUGCUGAGUUGCAUCCAAAGAACACCAUACCUACUGUGAAGCAUGGGGGUGGAAACCUCAUGCUUUGGGGCUGUUUUUCUGCAAAGGGACCAGGACGACUGAUCCGUGUAAAGGAAAGAAUGAAUGGGGCCAUGUAUCGUGAGAUUUUGAGUGAAAACCUCCUUCCAUCAGCAAGGGCAUUGAAGAUGAAACGUGGCUGGGUCUUUCAGCAUGACAAUGAUCCCAAACACACCGCCCGGGCAACGAAGGAGUGGCUUCGUAAGAAGCAUUUCAAGGUCCUGGAGUGGCCUAGCCAGUCUCCAGAUCUCAACCCCAUAGAAAAUCUUUGGAGGGAGUUGAAAGUCUGUGUUGCCCAGCGACAGCCCCAAAACAUCACUGCUCUAGAGGAGAUCUGCAUGGAGGAAUGGGCCAAAAUACCAGCAACAGUGUGUGAAAACCUUGUGAAGACUUACAGAAAACGUUUGACCUGUGUCAUUGCCAACAAAGGGUAUAUAACAAAGUAUUGAGAAACUUUUGUUAUUGACCAAAUACUUAUUUUCCACCAUAAUUUGCAAAUAAAUUCAUUAAAAAUCCUACAAUGUGAUUUUCUGGAAUUUUUUUUCUCAUUUUGUCUGUCAUAGUUGACGUGUACCUAUGAUGAAAAUUACAGGCCUCUCUCAUCUUUUUAAGUGGGAGAACUUGCACAAUUGGUGGCUGACUAAAUACUUUUUUCCCCCCACUGUAUAUUGAAUGCAUUAACAGACAUUACCGUAACCAAACAAACAUUGUAGAUUAGAAAUUAUAGUAAUUAACAGUAUAUGUACUACUGGUGAUAUAUGUAAUGGGGAAUUGAUAGACACUUACAGUCAAACGCCAACAAUUCACACAAUUUAUGAAACAAUGAAUGUGCACAAAUUGGCGGGAAAGCGCAUUCUGGAGAGAGACGUGCAUUGUGCAGCCACACUCCCCUUCUUCUUGGAGUGUGCCAUCCCCGCGGCCUCCGCAAUGGAUUAGUCUCGGCCUCCGCAAUGGAUUAGUUCACUGAGAUGGGGACGAAUAAGAUGGGUCUUGUGUGCCAUAAAAACAAAAAAAUAUAUAUAUAUAUUUGCUAAAAAAUAUUGGUCGACCAACAGCCUAUCGACCAAACAAUCGACCAGUCUAAUAAUUGGGGUCAGCCCUAGAGUGUGUUGACAAAACUAUACCCAUUGAUUAUUAUAAUAGUUAUCAAUUUGUGCACUUUUCAUGUUCUGUAUGCAUGUGCUGAAGUUCAGCCUACCGUCCACUUGGUGGCAACAUUGGGGCAUUUAGCCAGACUGAUACACAUGAACACCAGGUGGUGCUAACACUCAAUGCUUGGUAAGGCCCAGAUUGCUAUGACACAUCUCCAUGACAUGCUUUACCUCACCACCCUAUUUUCCCCAAUCAUGCCCCAAUGAAUGGAGCUGGGGAAUUAAUGUCAGGCCAUGUGAGCCCAGGGAGACUCCCAUGUGGCCGGCUGGCCUUGCUGGCAUCAAAGGGAGUCAUUGUAUAUAGCAGUAAUACUAAUAUAUAUUGAAGGCCUCUACUCCAAGCUGCAAUCAUGAGAAUACAGGCAGAGGGCGGGCUGGAGCUACUGCUUUACCAAUAAUGUAUGAGCUGCACUAAUUAAGUCCGUUACCAUGACAUCAACCUUAUGGAUUUUCAAAUGUACUAGACUAGAGCAGGAUAGAUCACUGACCUCAACCCUUUCUCCUAACACACACACAGAAUCUAAAAGAAAAUUGCGAAGUUGCAUAAUGAGUUGAACUUGUAAGCUGCUUAAUUAAAAGGGGUAUGUAUGAUCAUAUCCUGAUUACUCUCUCCACCCAACAACAGCCUACAGGUGUUGGGGAACACACAGGGUACACUGGUGGUUUUAAACAGACUGUGACAGGGAGGAUUGUCAUGUCUGGGUAAUGUGUGGUUAUCUUGAUGGGAUUAUUGCUUGUUUCACUCAGUGCUAUGACCCUGGGCUUCCUCAGGCCUCAUGGAUAUAGUCCAGAGAGGCCUUAUCUCAGUGGGUUACUUAAGCCUCCUUGUAAAUUGUGGUUGACACUGUAUUUUUGUCAUCCUUUUAGUAAAAUUGGAUUUUCCAUCUCUCCGGCACCCUUAUGAAGUAUUUAUGAGCGAGAGAGGGGUUCUGGGCAGCCUAAUGUGCUGUAAAUAAUUCAACCAUGCUCCACGUGGUUGCCUUCACCGGCCUUCAAGGCUUAUUUUCUACCCACAAUACAGUGCUCAGACUGCGCGCUCCUGUCAGGAAAGACCCCAGAGGAUGAACAGGAAGCUAUUUAUAGGACCCGUAACUGGUGUCACCACUACCACGUCUCAUUUUGAUUUCCAACCCCGUAUACGAUCUUAUCUCUGGACUGGAUUUUAUCUGGAGUGUGCAUUUACAGUUUAGCCAAACUAUAUUUAUCUUCUCUCCUGGAAUGACCAUUUCACUUUUAGCAAACCUGUUAUCUAUAAAAACCAUGUUUCUAUAAUUUGGAGAUUGUUCAUAAUAUGCUAUGUACAUGGGCGGAACUAUCAAAAAAAUUGCCUGGUAUUUUGAACCCAUUGUUUUCCCAUAAUGUGAUUGUGGUAUUGUUUUAUGAUACUUUCUAUGCUGGAAUGUCUGGCCACGUUACCAUGGAAGCUGUGUUGCCAGUGACAGUCUCCCUUCCUAGGCGUGGCACAGUAUCUCCUUGUUCUGACAAACCAGCCUUGUGUGCCACUGUCAUAUGAUGCAGAGUUGGAAGAAGGGACACAAUCUACAGUGAGGGGAAAAAAUGAUUUGAUCCCCUGCUGAUUUUGUACGUUUGCCCACUGACAAAGACAUGAUCAGUCUAUAAUUUUAAUGGUAGGUUUAUUUAAACAGUGAGAGACAGAAUAACAACAAAAAAAUCCAGAAAAACGCAUGUCAAAAAUGUUAUAAAUUGAUUUGCAUUUUAAUGAGGGAAAUAAGUAUUUGACCCCUCUGCAAAAACAUUACAUAGUACUUGGUGGCAAAACCCUUGUUGGCAAUCACAGAGGUCAGACGUUUCUUGUAGUUGGCCACCAGGUUUGCACACAUCUCAGGAGGGAUUUUGUCCCACUCCUCUUUGCAGAUCUUCUCCAAGUCAUUAAGGUUUCGAGGCUGACGUUUGGCAACUCGAACCUUCAGCUCCCUCCACAGAUUUUCUAUGGGAUUAAGGUCUGGAGACUGACUAGGCCACUAAUGUGCUUCUUCUUGAGCCACUCCUUUGUUUCCUUGGCCGUGUCUUUUGGGUCAUUGUCAUGCUGGAAUACCCAUCCACGACCCAUUUUCAAUGCCCUGGCUGAGGGAAGGAGGUUCUCACCCAAGAUUUGACGGUACAUGGCCCCGUCCAUCGUCCCUUUGAUGCGGUGAAGUUGUCCUGUCCCCUUAGCAGAAAAACACCCCCAAAGCAUAAUGUUUCCACCUCCAUGUUUGACGGUAGGGAUGGUGUUCUUGGGGUCAUAGGCAGCAUUCCUCCUCCUCCAAGUUUUGAGUUGAUGCCAAAGAGCUCCAUUUUGGUCUCAUCUUACCACAACACUUUCACCCAGUUCUCCUCUGAAUCAUUCAGAUGUUCAUUGGCAAACUUCAGACGGCCCUGUAUAUGUGCUUUCUUGAGCAGGGUGACCUUGCGGGCGCUGCAGGAUUUCAGUCCUUCACGGCGUAGUGUGUUACCAAUUGUUUUCUUGGUAACUAUGGUCCCAGCUGCCUUGAGAUCAUUGACAAGAUCCUCCCGUGUAGUUCUAGGCUGAUUCCUCACCGUUCUCAUGAUCAUUGCAACUCCACGAGGUGAGAUCUUGCAUGGAGCCCCAGGCCGAGGGAAAUUGACAGUUCUUUUGUGUUUCUUCCAUUUGCGAAUAAUCGCACCAACUGUUGUCACCACCUCACCAAGCUGCUUAGCGAUGGUCUUGUAGCCCAUUCCAGCCUUGUUUAGGUCUAUAAUCUUGUCCCUGACAUCCUUGGAGAGCUCUUUUGUGUUGGCCAUGGUGGAGAGUUUGGAAUCUGAUUGAUUGCUUCUGUUGACAGGUGUCUUUUAUACAGGUAACAAGCUGAGAUUAGGAGCAUUCCCUUUAAGAGUGUGCUCCUAAUCUCAGCUCGUUAUCUGUAUAAAAGACACCUGGGAGCCAGAAAUCUUUCUGAUUGAGAGGGGGUCAAAUACUUAUUCCCUCAUUAAAAUGCAAAUCAAUUUAUACAAUUUUUGACAUGCGUUUUUCUGGAUUUCUUUGUUGUUAUUCUGUCUCUCACUGUUUAAAUAAACCUACCAUUAAAAUUAUAGACUGAUCAUGUCUUUGUCAGUGGGCAAACAUACAAAAUCAGCAGGGGAUCAAAUACUUUUUUUCCCUCACUGUAUAUAGCACAGUAUGGAGUAAAUUGAUAUUAUUUUUGAGGUUUACAAACUAACUUCUAUUUUAACUUUUUGUUUGAUUUAGUGAGGGAUGUGUUCAAAAUCCUGUGUACUUGUUUGAAUCCCCAGAACUAAUUGAGAAUGUGAAGUUAAUACACAAACCAGUUUCUUUGCAACCAAGAGGAUUGAUCAACAGGGGAAACUGGUGCUAUAUCAACGCUGUAUCCUUUUCUCAGCUGCAUGUGAAAUGCUUCAAUCACACCAUGUCAUAAAGUUACAUUAAAUGUCUAUAUUUAGUGUUGUUCCAAUUAGGUGAUUUUGCCCUUGACUGCCUCCCCCAAGACAUUGCAGGCCCUGAUUGCUUGCCCCCCCAUGUAUCACCUGUUGAAGUCCAUUCCCCUGUUCAAUGACACCCAGAGACCCUGUACUUCCACACCCAUGAUGGACAACUUGUAAGUAGCUUCUCUGUCCCUGGGAGCUGACUGGCCGUAUUUAAAAGUCAAAUCUCACAAUCAAUAGAGGUCUUGUUUGUGUGCAAAUAAGCAGCGAUGACAAAUUCCUGCCUGAACUAAAUUGGUAAAACCGUGUUAAGAGUAUGUGUUAAAUGUGUGCUGACUGCAUUGGGUUGGGUGUGUACUUCCUUUGCUAAUUGCAACUCCCUGACCUUGUUUCUCCCCCACUCCCUCCAGUGUAAGGCUUGUCAAUGAGUUCAGCAACAUGCCUGUGCCAUCCAAAGCCAAACAGCAAGGUAAGCUGUCAGCAUCUUCUAAAAGAGCUAGAGUUUCUUUUAUUUCCUGUUGAUGUUAAUUUGAUGUGAUCCUUGUUGCUUUUUCCGUAGCUGCUGGCGAAAAGAUAAUAAAAGACAUUCGACCAGGUGCUCCUUUUGAACCCAACUACAUCUACAGACUCCUCACCCUCAUCAAGUCUAGUCUCUCAGAGAAGGUAAAGCCAUGGGGCAUCCAGACCAAGCUUUACCUUCGGCCUGUAAAAUGUGUAAUGUGUGCUCGGAGGGUGUACUAGCAAUUCGGGCUGGGAGAUAUAUUUAAUUAAUUAGAAUGUUUUAGGGCGGAAUAUCGCAACAAUCAUUUUCAUUUUUUUAUGCACAUUUAUUUCCGCUUGUUCUCAUGUUGUCUUUUUGGUCUAGUCUCCUUUGCUCCCUCUGUGCUGUGUGCACCUUACCAUUUUACAUGCACACACCAAGCCCCUGCCACUCACAACAACAAAGAUGAGAGAUCACUUCUUCAACUUCCCAUUUGCAUUUGUGGAUUGAUCCAACAGAAUCGGUUAUAUGGACACCGAAAUGCAUUGAGACAUUAUUUUACUAUAAUAGAGGAAGUUCACCUUUCUAACGAUACCCUUUUUAUGUCUCAACUCCUCAAAUUGCGCGCAGAGCGGGCACUACUAAAACAGGAGUAUCAAUGAACAUUGAUUGUGGAAAAUGUAUGCUCAGCAUUUUAGCCAAAGACUGUUAUACUAGCUGUCUAGUCUGUGUUUUAUAAAUGUGCAAUAAGCAUAAAACACAAUUAUAUAACGAAUUGCCAACCCAUUCUAAUUCUGAGAAAUAAGGUAGGCUACAUGAUUUCAACAUCUGAACAAAGUGGACAGGCUAGCAUGCUGUUCAAACAGUUGGAGACCGACAGAACGGUGUGUUCAUAACAAUUUAACUGUCCUACCUUGUUAGCCAGCAAAUAGGUCCAAGUUGGCUAAACUUGAAAUAUAAAGAUGAGCUGCUUACUCACUAGCACAUGGGCUUGUGCUAGAGUGAUUGAGACCUGUGUUAAUUUUCUAUAACACCUGCUACAAGUUAGUCAUUAUUAGUGAAUGUGCAUUAUGCAUGGUUCUGGUUAAAUACAGUGGGGGAAAAAAAGUAUUUAGUCAGCCACCAAUUGUGCAAGUUCUCCCACUUAAAAAGAUGAGAGGCCUGUAAUUUUCAUCAUAGGUACACGUCAACUAUGACAGACAAAUUGAGAGAGAAAAAUCCAGAAAAUCACAUUGUAGGAUUUAUGAAUUUAUUUGCAAAUUAUGGUGGAAAAUAAGUAUUUGGUCACCUACAAACAAGCAAGAUUUCUGGCUCUCACAGACCUGUAACUUCUUCUUUAAGAAUGGCAUUAAUGGCACCUGUUUGAACUUGUUAUCAGUAUAAAAGACACCUGUCCACAACCUCAAACAGUCACACUCCAACUCCAAAGAGCUGUCAAAGGACACCAGAAACAAAAUUGUAGACCUGCACCAGGCUGGGAAGACUGAAUCUGCAAUAGGUAAUCAGCUUGGUUUGAAGAAAUCAACUGUGGGAGCAAUUAUUAGGAAAUGGAAGACAUACAAGACCACUGAUAAUCUCCCUCGAUCUGGGGCUCCACGCAAGAUCUCACCCUGUGGGGUCAAAAUGAUCACAAGAACGGUGAGCAAAAAUCCCAGAACCACACGGGGGGGACCUAGUGAAUGACCUGCAGAGAGCUGGGACCAAAGUAACAAAGCCUACCAUCAGUAACACACUACGCCGCCAGGGACUCAAAUCCUGCAGUGCCAGACGUGUCCCCCUGCUUAAGCCAGUACAUGUCCAGGCCCGUCUGAAGUUUGCUAGAGUGCAUUUGGAUGAUCCAGAAGAGGAUUGGGAGAAUGUCAUAUGGUCAGAUGAAACCAAAAUAGAACUUUUUGGUAAAAACUCAACUCGUCGUGUUUGGAGGACAAAGAAUGCUGAGUUGCAUCCAAAGAACACCAUACCUACUGUGAAGCAUGGGGGUGGAAACAUGGGGUGGAAACAUCAUGCUUUGGGGCUGUUUUUCUGCAAAGGGACCAGGACGACUGAUCCGUGUAAAGGAAAGAAUGAAUGGGAACGUGUAUCGUGAGAUUUUGAGUGAAAACCUUCCAUCAGCAAGGGCAUUGAAGAUGAAACUUGGCUGGGUCUUUCAGCAUGACAAUGAUCCCAAACACACCGCCCGGGCAACGAAGGAGUGGCUUCGUAAGAAGCAUUUCAAGGUCCUGGAGUGGCCUAGCCAGUCUCCAGAUCUCAACCCCAUAGAAAAUCUUUGGAGGGAGUUGAAGUCCAUGUUGCCCAGCGACAGCCCCAAAACAUCACUGCUCUAGAGGAGAUCUGCAUGGAGGAAUGGGCCAAAAUACCAGCAACAGUGUGUGAAAACCUUGUGAAGACUUACAGAAAACGUUUGACCUGUGUCAUUGCCAACAAAGUGUAUAUAACAAAGUAUUGAGAAACUUUUGUUAUUGACCAAAUACUUAUUUUCCACCAUAAUUUGUAAAUAAAUUCAUAAAAAAUCCUACAAUGUGAUUUUCUGGAUUUAUUAUCCUCAUUUUGUCUGUCAUAGUUGACGUGUACCUAUGAUGAAAAUUACAGGCCUCAUCUUUUUAAGUGGGAGAACUUGCACAAUUGGUGGCUGACUAAAUACUUUUUUCCCCACUGUAUGUAACAAAAAGGUCAUUUUCAUAGACUUAAAAGCCAGAUAAGUGAUUAUAGCAAAAAAGCAGGUUAAACUAUUUUGAUAAAAUAAUUAAAUUAUUAGUGGGUCUUAUGGUUGUGGAAGGCCUAUAUUUAGCGUAGGUACAGUGUGGAGAACAAGUAUUUGAUACACUGCCGAUUUAGCAGGUUUUCUUACUUACAAAGCAUGUAGAGGUCUGUCAUUUUUUCCAUAGGUACACUUCAACUGUGAGAGACGGAAUCUAAAACAAAAAUCCAGAAAAUCACAUUUGUAUGAUUUUUAAGUAAUUAAUUUGCAUUUUAUUGCAUGACAUAAGUAUUUGAUACAUCAGAAAAGCAGAACUUAAUAUUUGGUACAGAAACCUUUGUUUGCAAUUUCAGAGAUCAUACGUUUCCUGUAGGUCUUGACCAGGUUUGCACACACUGCAGCAGGGAUUUUGGCCCACUCAUCCAUACAGACCUUCUCCAGAUCCUUAAGGUUUCGGGGCUGUCGCUGGGCAAUACGGACUUUCAGCUCCCUCCAAAGAUUUUCUAUUGGGUUCAGGUCUGGAGACUGGCUAGGCCACUCCAGGACCUUGAGAAGCUUCUUACGGAGCCACUCCUUAGUUGCCCUGGCUGUGUGUUUCGGGUCGUUGUCAUGCUGGAAGAGCCAGCCACGACCCAUCUUCUUCAAUGCUCUUACUGAGGGAAGGAGGUUGUUGGCCAAGAUCUCGCGAUACAUGGCCCCAUCCAUCCUCCCCUCAAUAAGGUGCAGUCGUCCUGUCCCCUUUGCAGAAAAGCAUCCCCAAAGAAUGAUGUUCCCACCUCCAUGCUUCACGGUUGGGAUGGUGUUCUUGGGGUUGUACUCAUCCUUCUUCUUCCUCCAAACACGGCGAGUGAAGUUUAGACCAAAAAGCUCUAUUUUUCUCUCAUCAGACCACAUUACCUUUUCCCAUUCCUCCUCUGGAUCAUCCAGAUGGUCAUUGGCAAACUUCAGACGGGCCUGGACAUGUGCUGGCUUGAGCAGGGGGACCUUGCGUGCGCUGCAGGAUUUUAUUCCAUGACAGCGUAGUGUGUUACUAAUGGUUUUCUUUGAGACUGUGGUCCCAGCUCUCUUCAGGUCAUUGACCAGGUCCUGCCAUGUAGUUCUGGGCUGAUCCCUCACCUUCCUCAUGAUCAUUGAUGCCCCACGAGGUGAGAUCUUGCAUGGAGCCCCAGACCGAGGGUGAUUGACCGUCAUCUUGAACUUCUUCCAUUUUCUAAUAAUUGCGCCAACAGUUGUUGCCUUCUCACCAAGCUGCUUGCCUAUUGUCCUGUAGCCCAUCCCAGCCUUGUGCAGGUCUACAAUUUUAUCCCUGAUAUCCUUACACAGCUCUCUGGUCUUGGCCAUUGUGGAGAGGUUGGAGUCUGUUUGAGUGUGUGGACAGGUGUCUUUUAUACAGGUAAUGAGUUCAAACAGGUGCAGUUAAUACAGGUAAUGAGUGGAGAUCAGGAGGGCUUCUUAAAGAAAAACUAACAGGUCUGUGAGAGCCGGAAUUCUUACUGGUUGGUAGAUGAUCAAAUACUUAUGUCAUGCAAUAAAAUGCAAAUUAAUUACUUAAAAAUCAUACAAUGUGAUUUUCUGGAUUUUUGUUUUAGAUUCCGUCUCUCACAGUUGAAGUGUACCUAUGAUAAAAAUUACAGACCCCUACAUGCUUUGUAAGUAGGAAAACCUGCAAAAUCGUCAGUGUAUCAAAUAAUUGUUCUCCCCACUGUAUAAUUUCACAAGCCCUGAAUUCAUUAGAUUAUGCUGACAGUUUGAAAUGCAGUGUAUUUUACCUUUUAAUUGUACAACAAAGCUUGUGUAGAGAGAACAUUUAAGAAAAAAAUGAUAUACACUACCAGUCAAAAGUUUGGACACACCUACUCAUUCAAGGGUUUUUCUUUAUUUUUACAAUUGUUUACAUUGUAGAAUAAUAGUGAAGACAUUAAAACUAUGAAAUAACACAUAUGGAAUCAUGUAGUAACCAAAAAAGUGUUACACAAAUCAAAAUAUAUUUUAUAUUUGAGAUUCUUCUUGUUGGAAAAGCAUUCCAGGUGAAGCUGGUUGAGAGAAUGCCAAGAGUGUAUGUUUGAUGUGUUAUUUCAUGUCUUCACUAUUAUUCUGCAAUGUAGAAAAUAGUUUAAAAAAAUAAAGAAAAACCCUGGAAUGAGUAGGUUUGUCCAAACAUUUGACUGGUACUGUGUAUAUCGUGAAUUGCCGAGAAGUAUAAAAAAAUCAAGAUUUCUAGGCCGUAUCGGCCAGACCUACUAGCAAUAAUAUCAAUCAAAAUCUAUUUAGUCUUUACAUUUCAAGUGCGUUUGAUUUUUAGAAUGUUGAACUAUCCAGUCAUUCCACACUUUCAGGUGUUCAGGGACUUGGAGCAAAUAAACUGAAACACUUUGUAUCCCCUGUUUCCUGACUCUGGUUUUAUGUAAAAUUCCACAUCCUCAUCAGUACACCUGAGUCUAUGCACCAGAGACAUUCAGUCUGUACCGGUCUGGUGGUACAGUACGUUGAUACAUGUAUAAAUACUCAUCUAUUGGUGCAUGAGACAUGCUGACUCAUUACUGAUUCAUAACCAGAUGAAGUGCAAUUAAUAAUGCUACUGGUGCGCACUGAUGUCCUGUCCUGAAGCUCUGUAACAGUGGACAGGGCCUGUGUGUGCUGAGUCAGUGGUUUUGCAUUAGAGAGCAGGCUCUCUUGGCACCGUGGUCUCGUUAGUGCUGAUGGUUGUGUGUUCUCUGUCAGGGUCGACAGGAGGAUGCGGAGGAGUACCUGGGCUUCACCCUCAACGGACUGCAUGAGGAGAUGCUGGCUUUGAAAAAGCUAAUCUCCCCUCAGGAAGAUAGUAAGUAGUGCUGUGAUCUAAAUCUGAUGCAUGAGGUCAUGAGAUGAUCUAUUAACACAUGCUCUCUGAUUUAUGAACUGAUCUAGUCCCUUUUCACUUCACAUCAUUUCCUUAUGUUCUUUGGCCUCACUGCUCAAGGUGUAUCUGCUCUAUGAUUGCCAUUGACUGUGGUUCUAAAUCAGUUGUCUCUUCUCCUGUCUUGAUCAGAAGCCCCCACACCCAAUGGCCCAGAAUCCCAGUCAGGUGUGGAUGACGAUGCUGCUGAUAAGGAGGAGGGGAGCGAUGAGGAAUGGGAGCAAGUGGGCCCCCGAAACAAGACCUCCAUUACCCGUCAAGCUGACUUUGUCCGCACCCCCAUCACUGACAUAUUCGGAGGGCACAUCCGGUAGGGUAACACCGAUGACUUGUGUUGACUUGUGAGGUGUCAGGAAACUCACACACAGUUUCUUUACAUGUGAUGUGUUGCUUAUAAUGGAACUUAAUGUUGUUCAAGAAGAUGUAGUCAAGUCAAUGUUUUGGUGGACCGAAAGCCUUUACUACUAUUUCCAUGAAGAGAAGCCUGAGUCUUGGAGAGACACCUGACUUCUCUCGCACAUGAAGCCAGAGUGAUGGUCAGCCGCUGAGUGUUUCUUUUCUCCCUGCCCGGUGCUUAUUUUUCUUAAAGCCCAGCAGCAGAACUGUGGCACCAGUGGUGUCCUUACCCUUCUUUUUAUUGGCUGUGGCGCCGGUGCCUGGUAUGACAGGAGAACUGACAGAGUAUAGUGCCAUCUUUAUCUGGGCCCCCUUGGGCUGACUUCCCUGGCACCGCCUCUGGCCCCCUGCUCCAACCUCAGCUGAGGAUGCCAUCCCAAACAGGCCAGGCCUGCCAUCAGCUGGCACUGGGCUUUCUCUGCUCCAGCAGCACUCUUCAUAGUAACAGCUAUUGUGGCCUGGCCUAUGGUCGGUGGCCUGGACAGCAAGGCGUGGGGGAACACACUCGCAAAGAAAAUCACAAAACAACUUUGAAAGUGUAGUACCUGUGAGUGUGACUGGGCCAAAUGACAUGCUCUCUGAGGUUCUGGUUUGGCACACGCCUGGCCUGACUGGGUUACAGAUCACUUCAGAGGAUUAUUUUUCUCAGAAUCAGUAGUAAAAGUAAAUGGAACACAAGCCCAGACCUUCAGGAAGGUCUUGGUUGAACUAUGCAUACCCGCUGAGUUCAGCUACAUUCACGUUUUCUGCCACUCUACUCAGGGUAAUUGGUUUGGCUGAGGGGAAUCAUUGGAGCAAGAUUAGCAUGACCUUUUCACUCAUAUAGCUGUCAGAGGACUAUGAAUGUUGGAGUUGUUUUUGCCAUUUGAACAUUUUGGAUCUGUUUUUGCCACGAAGAGGAGAACUUGAGGAAGGAGAGGAGAAGAUGUUUCAUAGAGGAGUAGUUUGGAGAGACGUGUAGAGAGAAUCAGUAUUAUGACCCAUCCACUUUCAACACUUACCUUCAAAGCUGUGAUGCUGUUUUCUGAGGUCGAGAUGUCGUUGAGAGACACUCCAUAUCCAUUACUGAAGUUUUUGAAAGAAGCUGUGUGAAGCUUUGUAAUGUCCUUGUAUGUAUUGUAUUUAAUUGUCUGUCCUAUGCAGGUCGGUGGUGUACCAGCAGAACUCUAAGGAGUCAGCCACCCUGCAGCCCUUCUUCACCCUGCAGCUGGACAUCCAGUCAGAGAAGAUCCGCACCGUUCAGGAGGCCCUAGAGACCCUGGUGGCACGCGAGUCGGUUCAGGGCUACACCACUAAAUCCAAGCAGGAGGUAAGGGUCUUACACACACAGUACAGCUACAGUGGGGGAAAAAAGUAUUUAGUCAGCCACCAAUUGUGCAAGUUCUCACACUUAAAAAGAUGAGAGGCCUGUAAUUUUCAUCAUAGGUACAUGUCAACUAUGACAGACAAAUUGAGAGAGAAAAAAUCCAGAAAAUCACAUUGUAGGAUUUUUAAUGAAUUUAUUUGCAAUUUAUGGUGGAAAAUAAGUAUUUGGUCACCUACAAACAAGCAAGAUUUCUGGCUCUCACAGACCUGUAACUUCUUCUUUAAGAGGCGCCUCUGUCCUCCACUCGUUACCUGUAUUAAUGGCACCUGUUUGAAUUUGUUAUCAGUAUAAAAGACACCUGUCCACAACCUCAAACAGUCACACUCCAAACUCCACUAUGGCCAAGACCAAAAAGCUGUCAAAGGACACCAGAAACAAAAUUGUAGACCUGCACCAGGCUGGGAAAACUGAAUCUGCAAUAGGUAAGCAGCUUGGUUUGAAGAAAUCAACUGUGGGAGCAAUUAUUAGGAAAUGGAAGACAUACAAGACCACUGAUAAUCUCCCUCGAUCUGGAGCUCCACGCAAGAUCUCACCCGUGGGGUCAAAAUGAUCACAAGAACGGUGAGCAAAAAUCCCAGAACCACACGGGUGGACCUAGUGAAUGACCUGCAGAGAGCUGGGACCAAAGUAACAAAGCCUACCAUCAGUAACACACUACGCCGCCAGGGACUCAAAUCCUGCAGUGCCAGACGUGUCCCCCUGCUUAAGCCAGUACAUGUCCAGGCCCGUCUGAAGUUUGCUAGAGUGCAUUUGGAUGAUCCAGAAGAGGAUUGGGAGAAUGUCAUAUGGUCAGAUGAAACCAAAAUAUAACUUUUUGGUAAAAACUCAACUGGUCGUGUUUGGAGGACAAAGAAUGCUGAGUUGCAUCCAAAGAACACCAUACCUACUGUGAAGCAUGGGGGUGGAAACAUCAUGCUUUGGGGCUGUUUUUCUGCAAAGGGACCAGGACGACUGAUCCGUGUAAAGGAAAGAAUGAAUGGGGCCAUGUAUCGUGAGAUUUUGAGUGAAAACCUCCUUCCAUCAGCAAGGGCAUUGAAGAUGAAACGUGGCUGGGUCUUUCAGCAUGACAAUGAUCCCAAACACACCGCCCGGGCAACGAAGGAGUGGCUUCGUAAGAAGCAUUUCUUGGAGUGGCCUAGCCAGUCUCCAGAUCUCAACCCCAUAGAAAAUCUUUGGAGGGAGUUGAAAGUCCAUGUUGCCCAGCGACAGCCCCAAAACAUCACUGCUCUAGAGGAGAUCUGUAUGGAGGAAUGGGCCAAAAUACCAGCAACAGUGUGUGAAAACCUUGUGAAGACUUACAGAAAACGUUUGACCUGUGUCAUUGCCAACAAAGGGUAUAUAACAAAGUAUUGAGAAACUUUUGUUAUUGACCAAAUACUUAUUUUCCACCAUAAUUUGCAAAUAAAUUCAUUAAAAAUCCUACAAUGUGAUUUUCUGGAUUUGUUUUUCUCAUUUUGUCUGUCAUAGUUGACGUGUACCUAUGAUGAAAAUUACAGGCCUCAUCUUUUUAAGUGGGAGAACUUGCACAAUUGGUGGUUGACCUAAAUACUUUUUUCCCCCACUGUAUGCUUCUACUAAACCAUUACAAGGCUAGGAUGUGUUUCUGAUUUCUGAUUUCUUGCUCAAUCGCUUUGUUUUUCACCCACGUACAAUUAGUUUAAGUAUGUUGAUCUAAACUUGAAUGCUGCCUCGAAAACCCCAAAAAAAAUCCGGAUGUGGGAAUGUUGCCAGUUGAAAAUGUAGUGUUUAGACAAUGAGAAUGUUUGUUACUGUGGUGUCUUGUUUCUUUUAACUGGAGUAUUUGGGAUGCUUGUUGGGCCCCUUCUAAUGGGCUGAGUGGUCAGACUCUGACAGAUCGUCUUCCCUUUGGCCUUGUUGCUGUUAAUACACUGAGGGCUGUGUUGUGCGUGUGGAAACUAAAGCAUUGUUUAUGCUUCAUGUCCUCUCUGACUGCGCUGCCUGGUGAAAACAUAUUGUUUUAAAGCCAGUGUAAGAAGACAAAUGUGCCUUGCCUGCUUCCUCUGUAUAGACACAAAAAUGGAGAGGGCAACAUCUGUUGGACAGCUGUAGUAGGGGCCUCAACACUGUUGUUUACCAACCUUCAUCAGCUUUUAUUUUCUUCUUUUACAAGUUGUUACAGUACCUUUGUUGUUUUAGAAGUAGCUGAUAGUUUGGGUCACAGCCUGGUUCUGACAGUGGAGCAGUUGUAAAACCCCAUUGAUUCCUGGGUGACUAGAUCAAAGCUCACAGUAGGCUCUUAGUGUAGGCCUAUGUGUCAGUGUUCUGGUUUUGUUCAGAGUAAUCCCUGGGUAAAUUGGGAGAACCUGUUCUGGUUUGUGUUAGCUGUUUGAUGUGGCGCCACUGUGUCAAAUAGUCCCCUGUGUCAGUUUGAUCAUCUCUCUCGUGUGUUUGCAGAUUGAGAUCAGCCGGAGAGUGACCCUAGAGGAGCUCCCUCCUGUGCUGGUGCUCCACCUCAAGAGAUUUGUGUUUGAGAAGACUGGAGGCUGUCAGAAACUGAUCAAGAACAUUGAUUACCCUGUAGACCUAGAGAUCAGCAAAGGUACGUGAAUCACUGAAAAGCCUCCAGACCAUUGGGUAAGUUCCCCACUUAAAAAACACAUGCCCCAAUUAUUGAAUUAACUCUAUUGAAUGUGUGUUAAGCUCUGAACCCUGUGUGAAAAAGGCAAUCAUUUUUAACAUACUUCUCACACUGUCAGCAUCUGAUCAUAUUCCAGUAAAGACCAUCUUUCCACGGUCUGUGUCCUAGGUAGACAGACACACACAGGUGUAGCUCACUUGACUGCCAUCGCAUAUUUAAACGAGGGUGCCGGCAGAAUGCUGGGAAGUCAUCAUCAGCGGCAGGGAGAGAUGAUUUGUGGGUCGACCUCAUACCGUUAAAGGCCUCCUCAUCCAGCCCGACACCCAACCUCACACAGCUUCACACCUCAUCAGUCCUGUACCCUACAAGCCCUGAAACAGCAGCACACAGAGGAAAUAUUUAUAGAGGACUUCCCUCUCCCUAAAAAAAAGCGCCAUUUUAGAAAUCCUCUGCCAAGUAGGUCAACAUAUCCAUAAUAUCUGAGGGAGCCUCUGUAUCCAUCUCUCCCAUGUAGGAGGUUCAUGUGAGGGUUCUGUAGCUAGUCCUAAAGGCACGUCUACCAAAUCCCCGUAGACGAAGUCCCAGCAGCUUGAGGAUAGUAGUACUGUAGAUUUACAGAAUAAGCAUCAGAAUGUGGAGAGAACUGGGUCCAGCGUGUUGGGCCUGCUCCGGUGUAUAUAUUAUAAAAAGUAGGCUACAUUUUACUUUGUUUUGGGACGAGCGGCAGCAUUCUAGCCUAGUUGGAACAUCUAAUCUGCAUACAAUUUACCAAACGCUACACUGGUGUAUUUUUAUAGCCACCUUUAUUUAGAUGGGCUGGCUUUCAUAACUGUAAUUGACGGUGCUCUGAGGGAUAUCUUACACCUCUGUUUCUCUCUGUGAUGUGGCUGUAUUGUAUGUAUUAAUUUGGCUGUCCUCCUUAGAUCUCCUCUCUUCAGGGGUGCGGAGCAAAAUAUUCAAAGGCCAAAGAACCUACAGGCUCUUUGCAGGUAUGUACCGUAUACACCGAUUUAUCCACACAGUAUCACACAAACGGUCACAAUCAUUCAAUUAUACGCAGGUAAUAGGGCAUUGGCCCAAUGCGAACAGGUAACAGCAUAUAUAGUCAAGCAUAUUAUAUAUUCAAACAUUAAGUUUGAUAUUUCAUAGGAUUCUCUUUUGAUGUGUUGUUCAGACUCACUGAGGUUUCCAUUCAUUCUCUGUUUACUCCACAUGCUAUCUCAGUGGCUGAUAGUAUUGAUACUCUUUAUUUGAGCUACCUUGAACGGCUCUCCUCGGCUACUGUAUUUCUGAUAGAAAGCAGAUUGAACUUCUCGGAGCCAUGACUUUGCUCUUGGAACAAUUUUAUGUUUUGGACAAAUCUCAAUUGACCCUUCGCUGAGCCACGCCCCACAAUUUUCGGCAACCAAUCGCAGCACUCCAAUGGAUAGCAACUGUUGUCAAGUCCGACACCUCGGACAAGCUCACGCUUAAAUCUCAUGAAAGCCAGUGAUGUCUAUAGCAAAAACUGAGUUGUCUGCAAAAAAUUAAUGUUUAAAUGGCUAAAUCAUUUAACAGUGCACCAUUAAUACUUGCUACUGUGAUUCCUGAAAUACAGAGCCUGUUGAUGGAGUAUUUUUCUAAUCCAAAAUUAUACUUUUGGUACAUUGUUUGCUAGCUCAGCUGGUUAGGUAGCUCUGUCUCAUUGACCACCAAACGUUGCUAAUGCUAGAUAGGUAGCUAGUUAGCCACUUAAUAUAACUUGUUUUCUCAAUGUAUGUUAGCUAGCUAAGUUAGCAACGUUAUGAAUACAACUCCCUUGAAAGCACUAGUUAGCUGAAAUUGGCUUAUAGCUUUGAUUGCAUGCAAAUAGUGAAUUCAGAGCCAUUCAGUGGCUAGCUACACUACAAACAUAAUUUCACCAGGUUCCCGUGAAGAAAUUGUAAUGACAGUCCACCACAACAUAGGCUACCCAAGAGUUUCCUGACUAGCAAGGGGUGGUCUGUUUUUAAUUUCAUUGUGUAUUAGAAACACAGUUUGAGAUCAUUGUGAGGGGAUUUCGCCAGUGGUUUUAAUGGGGAAUUGGGCUUCCCGGUAAAAUGUUGUCAGAGGUUGCAACAGUAACCAAGGGGGGCGGGGCUUAGUGAAAGGGCAAUUUGAGGAAAGGUUGAUUCAAAUCAUGUUCAGAAACUUUUAGUUGGAGCAAAAUGCUGUUUCUUUUCUGUAAACUUCUAUGUCCUACAAAAUUCUAGAAUAUAAACAUACCUGUUUAAUGUACUGGAUAGUAUUAUGACUUGGCUAUGGAGAAAGGUACGGUGGAAAAGUACAGUGUUGAGUUCUGUUGCUAUGAUUCCAGAGGGCUCCUUGUGGAAUGAUGCCCAAGGUAGCUAGUGCUGAUCUCAGCUGUGAAAUUACGCAAGAGUUUCAUUCUGUGGUAACAUGCAUCAGUAAAACCACAUUCUCUCACUCCACUCUUCCUCCUAGACCCAGGAAGUCUUUCUAGACUAGAGCAUUACCCCAGACUUUGCCACAGCCCUGACCCCUCCCCACCCCUAUAACCCCCUCCUUGGCAGGGCCAAAGGGGAUAAAAGUGGUCCUUCAUUAGGAAGCUCUGCCUGCCCCAUGAAAACAUCUCCACUGUGCUGCUGUCUGGUGUGAGCGGCCAGUGUCCAGCUAACUGUUAUUUCCAGCAGCUCAUUCAGCAUGUAGUUCUCCUGCCCCCUCCUCCCCUCCCUUCACGACUCACUGACCUGUUCAAACAAAGACAACCUCCACUGUGGAUAUGGGGGUCCUGUUAAUCUCCCCGUAGUUUGGAAUUAAAUUGUCUUCAGCCGUUUAUUUUCCUUUCAGAGCAGAAAAGGGCGCUCCUCACUUGUCAAAAAGCUGUUAGUAGAGUAACCCCUGGCAACUGUUGCUAUAGCGGUGCAGUAAAUCUUUUACUGUAAGAUCCUGGAGGUAAACGUUUUGCCUUCUCUCUGACCAUCUGGCCCAUGGACGGAGAAAGUCUUGAUGAAAAGGUCUCGUGCUACACAGCGUGUAAUAUGAUAACAUAACAGUAUUGUAAAUAUGUAAUAAGCGCCUUUGGAAACUUCAAUCAUGUCAUUUUUAAUGUUCUUGCUCCAGUGAAAAGGUGAACCUGUGCAAUCAAGCACUUAGGGGAAAAGUUGGCUCAAGUACACACUGGUAUUUCUUUUUUCCCUCCUGCCAAGCCAAUCAUUCAGUUGGUUGCACAUAUCUGUUUUCUGAUGAGGGGGUAAUGACAUUACUCCUUGCCUAUAGUAAGUUAUGGUUUCAGUACAAAGAAUGAGUUACCACCUGAGGCUAGUUCUGUGUCCAAAUCAAACGGAUCUAACAAGAUCGUCAUGUUUACUCAAUUUAAUGAUUUAUUUCUGCCCGGUAACAACUGUCACUGGGGCUUAAAUCCGAAGCCCACUUUUUAAACGUGUUCUUCAUCGUAUCGUUGUUUUUCACGUUAAGGGCAUUAAGUCUGUUUGGAACACGUGUUGCCAGCCCAGCUUGUAAAUAUGGGCACAGAAUGGACAAUGUUCUUUUCUUUCCACAUUCUCCUUGUGUAGUUACUAAGGUUUCUACAUUUGGUCAUGAUUGAUGCAUUGCCAAGAAUUCUUAUGACACUUGAUCAGAUAUCUGAAAGAAGUGUAAUAAAGUUUUAACAAUAUGCUUACAACAUGCUAUUCAUGUUCAUAUUCACAUUCACAUAUUCAUUGGUUUCCGCCUCUGAAACUCUUCCAUUUUGUGUGUCCCUCUCGCAGUUGUCUAUCACCAUGGGAACAGCGCUACAGGCGGCCAUUACACCACGGAUGUCUUCCACAUCGGUCUGAACGGCUGGCUGCGUAUUGACGACCAGGCAGUGAAGGUCAUCAACCAGUACCAGGUGGUGAAGCAGACUGCUGAGCGCACUGCCUACCUGCUGUACUACCGUCGCGUCGACCUGCUGUAGACGCCACACACAUAUACAUGCACACUCACACAGCAGAACACAUUCAACUACAUAUGCACACUCCCACUACAGACACUCAAGUGCACAUACACAUGCAUACAUACAAACGCAUACAAACACACAAACUAAUGAACAGGAACACUGCCCAACUUCUUCUCUUGCAAGAUUUUCCUCUUCCUCCCCCUCGUCCCUGCUUUUCCAGAGAACCAGCUUUUCCAACAAUGCCUUUUUUCCUUUUAUCUUUUUUGGAAGAAUUAGAGGAAAAAAGGACGCGUUCUAAAAUAAUUUCCCUGUGAUGGCUUCCUCUUCUCUGUGCGCCACUGCUGUUUUUUUUUAAAUGCUGAGAGGAGAGACUGUUGAAUGGACUGAGGGGAGGGGACCUUGAGACUCGCCUCUGAACCUACACCCUCGUUCAGACUGGGAACAGUGAGUACUUUACCCACAGGACGAACUAUCUAUCUACAACACGAGGCUGCAGAUGGACUGUUGGACUGCUGGAGAGAAGUUGUAUUUUUUUUGUUUAUCUACUGUUUUUUUUCUUCUCAUUUUGGGGGGAAAAUGGCAUAGAAUAAUCAGUGUUUUGCCUUUUAGCAAGGGGAGUUGUUGUCCUAAUGAAUUUGCAGCAGUUUAAACGCCUGUUGAAAUUUUGCCAGAGUGCAUCAAAAAAGGCCCAGCACCAGCAAAACGACAAAACGUUAUCGGAUGAGUCUCUAUAACUCCAGAGGCAAGAUGCUCUUCAUGGCCACCAUCUCUUCUUCCUUCUCCACCUUCCUCACUUUCCUGAUGCUUUUAAAUCUAGGUAAAACUUGAGCCAUCAAAAAAAUAGAAAAAAUGACAGGAGAAGAGGUGCUGCUACAAUGUGCUGAAACUAAACAGCUUUGUUUGAGAGAACCUUGUGGUUUCUGGGUGUAGAAUUAGAAUGACUAUCUAAAAACAAUUUUAAUGCGCUUUAGGAUUUAAAUGAUUAAAAAAAUAAGCUUCUGUGCACGUAAAAUAUAACUGAUCAAUAAAAAGAUGUGGACGUGCAAAUGCACACUUUCAGAUAUUUUAAGAUUUAAAACUGUGAAAAAAAUAAAUAAAAAAUAGAAAUCUAAAUCUAGGUGAGUGUCACCUUGUUUGGCUCCCUGGGUGGUUGUUAGUUCUAAGGCUUUCUGAGUACUCUGGAGCACUGGAGAGAUACCAAUGAAGACUGAGAUUCCACCGCAAGCACCGGCCCUUGUUUAUUUUAUACCUAUCUUUUCUCCCCUCCAUCCUUCAUUUAUCCUUUUUUCCCUGUUCUGGUCUAAAGGUUCCAUCUGUGUAUAGGCGGCCUGCCUUUGUAGUUACAAGAGCCACAUUACUCCUUACCCCUCAACUCAUCAGAAAAAGGGGGCUGCCUUAGGUUCGCUAUGCGAGGCUUUCUAAUCCAAAUCUCCACUCAAUGUACAAGUCCAACCCAGUGAGUGUGACAACUGUAAGUCAAAUGUCUGUAAAGUGUUAUGGGAAUGUACCUGACCUUUGCAUUUCCUCUUUUGGUGGCUGAGUGCAGUUCCUCUCCAGUGAGAGAGACUGUCCAUGUUGGGGGGUAAGUGGGAACACAUCUGCUGCUUGGCUCUAGAAAUGAAAUCCCCCACAAUAAAUGCGCACAAAAGGAAAUCAUGUUUGUUUUUGUUUGAGACCUUGCUUUUUGCAUCAUUAUUAUUCAUUGAUUGUGUUUUGCGUUUCGGUUAAAUGCUAUUGUUAUUUUUCAUUUGUUCAAUAAUACCAUGACCGUUUCCCAGAAUUAUACUAUAUGGCAUUUAAAUUGAUAUUUGAGCGAAAUUACCCAAGGUAAAGCACAACAAUGAAUAAAAUUGGACAAGUUCUUUGCUUGAUCAUAUUUUCUUUUGUCAUUUUCUUUUUUCCCUGAACUAAGUUUGAUCCAUAGUCUAAUCUUAAGGGAUAUUUUAACCAAACCAAUUUCAGAAUCUGUCAGUAUUUAAUCCUUUACAAAAAUAACAUAACUGGUACAUUACUUUGCUGAAGGCUUGGUGCAUUGUGGUUUACCCUUGUAUACUCUAUGUCCUUAAUGGGCAAAGCAGACUAUUUUCUAAAGAGCUUUCACAUACAGUAUACACUUUCUCACAUACACACACUACUUGCACACACACUUGGCCAUUAGUUAACACGAGGUACACAACUGGGAAUGGGUCCUUUUGUAAGUCGGCUCUCACACUUUCCCAUUUCUGACCACUGGAACGUUGGGGCAGUGUGAAAUCAUUUUUCCCACAUCGGAAUAGCAGCGCAUGCAUUUUAGAUCCAACAGGAAGAGCUUAUUUUAUCCCAUUUCUCACUUUGUAGUUCACUCACUGAUGGUAGCAGAGACCUAUUAAAUAUACUUCUAUCCCCUUUUAUUUAAAGUGACUGGAAACUGAGUCAUGGAAAGAGUUAUCUGACCAUGUGCAUUUUCUGUGUUGCAUUCUUUGCGUUUGGAGCAGUGUCAUUUAUAUUGCCAACACAAUUCCCUUCCAUGAAUUAGCGUUGUAUAUUUUGCCCUGAAAAUGUGUAUUGUGUUAAAGUGACUGCAAUUUCAUAGUCUAAACUGCUGAAUUUGGUUCCCUCAAGUCAUUUGCUUAUUACUUAUGGGUAUGUAAAGUCAAAAAAAUGUCCCCAAGUGAAACCAAAGGAUACGUCACAUUGACCCUGUUGCCUUUCGUAAUUGCGCUAAUGCUUCUAUGUCUAACUUUGGUUUCACCUCUGCACCAAUAUGUUCUGUUGCCACAGCUCAUGAUUCAUUCAAUCAGCAUGACUCAGUCAUUCCAUAUAAGGAAAUUGAGCUGAUCCGUUCAGAUCAUUAUAAAACUCCUUAUAAGUGUUAGUUCAAUUGUGCUGAUGGCUAUGUGGUCAUAUCUAAUACACUCAUUGUGACAAUGUUGGUUUGAUUUGUUUUUCUUUCCCCCCUGAAGAAUGUUUUGAAGAAGAUGGUUUGAAACGGACACUAAAGCUGUCAGAAAGCUUUCUGUUGUACACGUUUUAUCCCUGAGUCUUUUUUUAUGACUAUGGUCAGGAUAUAUGCUGGCGAAUCGCUUCAAUGAUGUCGUUCUGUUUAGUUUGUGCUUCCUAACACGGUUGUCUGCUGAGGGCUUGUGUUGGGAUAUCAAGCUGAAUACAAACUAUAUGCUGUCUUUUCAUCUUAAUCCUCCAGCAUUCUGCUCUUUUUGUUUAUUGUUCAAAUAAAAGAUUGUGGAAAACCGAAGCCGUUUGCCAAUGAAGUGUAAUCCGAAGACUGCUUAGCUUUCUUCUAGUACUUCAAAAUCAUGUAGUCUCUACACCUUCAACUGCCCUAGUACAGACAAUGUGCACAAUAACAGCCUGGUCUCAGACUAGAUGUUACAUAGUAAACGUGAUUCCGGGACACUCAACUUAGUAUGAUAUGUUGCUUUUGGUAUGGUUACAUAACACAGAUGGUUACUUAAGGCAAAAACGAAAGUAGGGUGGUUGGUCGGCAUGGAUGGGUGGGCGUAUAACGUCUACAGUUGAAGUCGGAAGUUUACAUACACCUUAGCCAAAUAAAUGUAAACUCAGUAAAAAAUUCCCUGUCUUAGGUCAGUUAGGAUCACCACUUUAUUUUAAGAAUGUGAAAUGUCAGAAUAAUAGAACAGAGAAUGAUUUAUUUCAGCUUUUUAUUUCUUUCGUCACAUUCCCAGUGGGUCAGAAGUUUACAUACACUCAAUUAGUAUUUGGUAGCAUUGCCUUUAAAUUGUUUAACUUGGGUCAAACGUUUCGGGUAGCCUUCCACAAGCUUCCCACUAUAAGUUGGGUGAAUUUUGGCCCAUUCCUCUUUACAGAGCUGGUGUAACUGAGUCAGGUUUGUAGGCCUCCUUGCUCGCACACGCUUUUUCAGUUCUGCCCACAAAUUUUCUAUAGGAUUGAGGUCAGGGCUUUGUGAUGGCCACACCAAUACCUUGACUUUGUUGUCCUUAAGCCAUUUUGCCACAACUUUGGAAGUAUGCUUGGGGUCAUUGUCCAUUUGGAAGACUCAUUUGUGACCAAGCUUUAACUUCCUGACUGAUGUCUUGAGAUGUUACUUCAAUAUAUCCACACAAUUUUCCUUCCUCAUGAUGCCAUCUAUUUUGUGAAGUGCACCAGUCCCUCCUGCAGCAAAGCACCCCCACGGAAUGAUGCUGCCACCCCCGUGCUUCACGGUUGGGAUGGUGUUCUUCGGCUUGCAAGUUCCCCCUUUUUCCUCCAAACAUAACGAUGGUCAUUAUGGCCAAAACAGUUCUAUUUUUGUUUCAUCAGACCAGAGGAUAUUUCUCCAAAAAGUAUGAUCUUUGUCCCCAUGUGCAGUUGCAAACCGUAGUCUGGCUUUUUUUAUGCCGGUUUUGGAGCAGUGGCUUCUUCCUUGCUGAGCGGCCUUUCAGGUUAUGUCGAUAUAGGACUUGUUUUACUCUGGAUAUAGAUACUUUUGUACCUGUUUCCUCCAGCAUCUUCACAAGGUCGUUUGCUGUUGUUCUGGGAUUGAUUUGCACUUUUCGCACCAAGGUACGUUCAUCUGUAGGAGACAGAACGCGUCUCCUUCCUGAGCGGUAUGAUGGCUGCGUGGUCCCAUGGUGUUUAUAUUUGCGUACUGUUGUUUGUAUAGAUGAAUGUGGUACCUUCAGGCGUUUGGAAAUUGCUCCCAAGGAUGAACCUGUCCCAAUGAUGAACCAGACUUGUGGAGGUCUACAACUUUUCUUCUGAGGUCUUGGCUGAUUCUUUUUUUCCCAUGAUGUCAAGCAAAGAGGCACAGAGUUUGAAGGUAGGCCUUAAAAUACAUCCACAGGUACACCUCCAAUUGACUCAAAUGAUGUCAAUUAGCCUAUCAGAAGCUUCUAAAGCCAUGACAUUAUUUUCUGGAAUUUUCCAAGCUGUUUAAAGGCACAGUCAACUCAGUGUAUGUAAACAUCUGACCCACUGGAAUUGUGAUACAGUGAAUUAUAAGUGAAAUAAUCUGUCUGUAAACAAUUGUUGGAAAAAUGACUUGUGUCAUGCACAAAGUAGAUGUCCUAACCGACUUGCCAAAACUAUAGUUUGUUAACAAAUUUGUGGAGUGGUGGUUGAAAAACGAGUUUUAAUGACUCCAACCUAAGUGUAUGUAAACUUCCGACUUCAACUGUAUGUCUAGCAACCCAAUGGUUGCGAGUUUGAAUCUCAUCACGGACAACUUUAGCAUUUUAGCUAAUUAGCAACUUUUCCACUACUUUUUAGCUACUUUGCGACUACUUAGCAUGUUAGCUUACCUGUCCUUAACCCUAACCCUUUUUGAUAACCCUAACCUUAACCCUUUAACCUAACUCCUAAAUUUAACCCUAACCCCCUAGCCUAGCUAAAGUUAGCCAGCUAGCUAAUGUUAGCCACCUAGCUAGAAUUCGUAACAUAUACGUUUUUGGAAAUUUGUAACAUAUUGUAUGUUUUUCAAAUUCGUAACAUAAUAUGAAUAGUAAUUCGAAAAAUAUACAAAAUGGGUGAUGGACAUCCAGAAUUUAAUACAUACCAUACGGAAACUUAGCAUAUCAUGCUAAAUGGAGUGUCUCGGGUUUACGCACAGAAUAAUAUGAAAUGCUCUGAGACCAAGUUGACAAACAAACAACAUGAAAUAAAGUGGAAACUGAUCUUCACAGUAUAUAUUUUGCAUGUAUUGUAGCCAAUCUAGAAAUAAUCACCUGUAUUGUAGCCUACCAGUAUCUAGAAAUAACCACCUAUGGUCUCAUUCCAUAUUCCUCAUUUAGUUUUCACCUACAGUAUCUGAUGUACAGUAUUUCCAGUAUGCUGUAGCUGUUCCUCCCCCUGACCAGGACUGUGGUCAAGCUGGCUGCCUCUGUGUCCUGACUACAGUCUGGUUCAGGAAAGUGAGCUUGCUUCUGUUUGGUUUAUACAAGCAUGCCCAUAAUUUCAGAUUUUGCCAGGGAAGGAUUUUCCUUCUCUGUUUUUCUUGCUAUAAUUGGGCCUUGUACAGGGAUGCGGGGUGCAGGUUUUACUCUCAGACUUGAACAUGUAAUUAAGUGUGGUAUUUUUCUUGUUAAUGUCACAGCACAGCUAAAGAUCCUCUUUAUAGGCCCCUGUCCUGGGGGGGGAAAUUACAGCCCUGGGCACCCACUGAUGGACCACCUAUAUACUCAGAGAAGUGUCUCUUUCAGCCACGCUGAGAAAAUGAUAUGUUGUAAGGGAGCUUGUUUUACCUCUUCCAUUUUUAAGCCAUGAGUGGAUGUUAAUAGCCAGAACAUAUUUUUAAAGCCAGUAACUUCUAAUGGGCAUAUUGCAGUGAAGACCCUGGCAUGAAUGUUCGCUGAAAACAGGGGCUACUCUUAAUGUUGGUAGGGGAUUUAAAGUGAAGUUUGAAGCGUCUGAGAUACUUUAACAUUACCUGUGACGUUUUGAACACUAGCACCACUGCCUGUGGCACAGAGGAUUGAACCAUCAGGGAGAGAUUGUCUAGUGAGGGAUGGCUGACUCAGAAGAUGGCUGACUCAGAAGUCCUUAGAACAUUGAGUGAACAUGAAGUUCAGAACUCUCCUUCUACAUGGGGGCUGAGUGCAAACUCGCCCCUUCUUUAUGAAGCAUGUGGAUGGAGAGAUGCAGUGCAUGAGAGAAACCUCAUAUACCCCUAGACAAAAUAUGUGUGGUUACAGACAUCCAUAUCAACACCAUAGCCUCCCCAAACCUGUCCCCUAACCAACUCAGUCCUUAUUUUCAGAAUAAUUUUUCUUGGCUGUAGAAAACUAUGCAACCUGAGACAACAAUUUCCUGUCUGUAGUAACCAGCUAGGUCACUCAGAGGGGGAAUCACAUAGUUUUAAAAGUUGCACUUACAACAACACUUUGCUGUGGUUUAGCAUACACAUUUCAAUAAUUUGCGUUAGAAUGGUAAUGAGCAGUUAGUUACUCCCGCCCCCUCCACUGUGUUGGCUCAGGACUAUCCUGGUCCAGCCAAACAAACUGUACACCUUGAGACUGGAAUCCCAGGCAUGCACUCCCUUCUCAUGCCAGUCUGGUGCUGUGUUGGUCCCUGUGCCCUCCAGCUACGCAGACCUCUCACUAUAG